AUGGCCUCGCGGGCAGCCUUUGCGCCACGAAAGGCCGAGGCUGAAGGUGCUCCCGCGCCUCCUCCUCCUUCGUUGCAGCCACCCCGAGAUCCUCCUUCCUCUUCGCCUCCGCUGUGCGCGAGUUUUUCUGGGGGUGGCUUCGCGUCGCCCGCUGAGAGCUCCUUCCCGUCUUCCACAACUUCGCUGUCGAGCGUCGCGCCGCUGACGCUUGCUGCCGCGCCGGCGCCGGCCUCGUUAGGGGCUUCUUCCUCCUCUUCUUCCGCUUCUUUCGGCCUCUCCACGCGCUCGACGUUUCGCCAGCUUCUGGCACAAGUUGAGCAGCAGCUCGCGUCGUUGACAGAGCUGAGUUGCAGUGUACGUACACGCGGUUUCGGGACCGCCUCUUGUGCGCUUUCCCUCGAAGACGCCCAGGAGACAUUCGAGACUCUGCGCAGCGACACAUUUUCCUCCCUAGACCGCGCAGACCGGCUCCUCCGCCAACUGAGAGUCGCGUCGGCCGCGGUCACGUCCUCGCCGUCUUCGUCGGCGUCGUCAGUCUGCUCGCCCGCCCAGCUGCGGCACUUUUCGGACCUGCUUCUGUCGCUGAAAACAGAAUCUCACUCCGCGUGCGACGCGAUUUCCGUGGCGCUCGAGCGAGCUGCACUGCUGCAUGGGCCCUCAGAGUCGUGUGGGCUGGCCGCCGCAGGCGCGCGGGAGAAAAAAAGCAAAGAGGAGGAGGCGGAUGAAGAGGGUGAAGCGUCUGCGGCGGUGUUUUACGCGCGGGAGGCCGGCAGCUUGCGUGAGAGCAACCGCAUGAUUUCCUCGAUUCUCCAAGCGGGGUCCAACGCCCUCUACGCCCUGAAGAAACAGCGCGGCGUCGUCGGAAGAAUGCGAGGGAAAGUGAGCGAAUUGAGCGCUCGAGACGUCACUGCGAUUUCAGGACUCCUUGGAAAAAUAGAGUGGCAAGGAAAGAAGCAGCGAAUAAUCCUCGCGCUCGUCUUCGCCGCCUGUGUCUGCCUCUCCCUCAUGUGGGUCAUGAGAGGCCACGUCUCCGCCGUCGAACCCGGCGAGUGA